UCAAGUGAAAAUUGCUGACAUGGCACCUCGUAGUUUCCUAUAAAUACCUUAUAGUCAGCUAGUUUAGUUGCAUCAUCAAACCAUUAAACUCUUCCCCAUCACUUCAACAACUCAUCCCACCACUACUCGUCUCAUUUCUCUCUCUCUCUCUCUCUCUACAUUUUUAUUCUCCAGCUCUUCCCCGCGUUAAAAUAUCACCACUUUCCUUCGUUUCCACACUACGUACAACAACACCAACACCAACAACAACAACAACAAAAAGAAAACUCGUUUACAGCAAAUUAAGCAAAAUGACAAUGUUGUCAACAUUAGCUGAAACUAAUACUCAUGGUCAAGAUUCAUCUUAUUUCCUUGGUUGGGAAGAAUACGAGAAAAACCCUUACCAUGAAUCCGAUAACCCGGAUGGUAUGAUCCAAAUGGGUUUAGCUGAAAAUCAGCUUUGUUUUGAUCUUCUUGAAUCUUGGUUAGCUAAUAACCCCGAACCCGGUUCGUUUACCCGAAAGGGUAAAUCCGUUUUUAGAAACCUUGCUCUCUUUCAAGAUUAUCAUGGCCUCCCUGAAUUCAAAAAAGCUUUCGUAAAUUACAUGUCAAUGUUACGAGGAAAUAAAGUCACAUUUGACCCUAACAACCUCGUUCUAACAGCUGGUGCAACCUCGGCUAAUGAGACUCUUAUUUUUUGCCUGGCUAACCCCGGCGAGGCUCUUCUCUUACCUACCCCGUACUAUCCAGGGUUUGAUAGAGAUCUUAAAUGGAGAACUGGAGCAGAAAUAGUGCCAAUCAAGUGUACUAGCUCAAAUGGGUUUAAGAUCACAAAGUCAGCUUUGGAAGAAGCUUACAACUCAGCUAAGAGGCAAGGGCUCAAAGUGAAGGGUGUUUUGGUAACUAACCCAUCCAACCCUUUAGGAACAUACUUGUCAAAAGACGAAAUUACCCUUCUUCUUAGCUUUGUAUCAAACAAAAACAUUCAUCUCAUCAGCGAUGAAAUCUACGCUGGAACUGUGUUCAAUGGGCCUGGAUUCAUCAGCAUCAUGGAAGCAAUCAAGGAUAAGAAAUGGGCCAACAACAAAGAUCUUAUUCAAAGUGUUCACAUUGUCACAAGUUUGUCAAAAGAUUUGGGCCUUCCUGGGUUUAGGGUCGGAGCUAUUUAUUCCAAUGACCCACUUGUAGUCUCAGCCGCUACAAAAAUGUCUAGCUUCGGGCUAAUCUCAGCCCAAACCCAAUACCUUCUUGCCGGACUCUUAUCCGACAUGAAGUUCAUGGAUUACUACAUCAUACAAAACCAAAAUCGUCUUAAAACUCGACACUCAAUGUUAGUAUCAGGUCUUAAAAAAGCCGGUAUUAACAGCCUAGACAGUAAUAGUGGCUUAUUCUGUUGGGUAGACUUAAAACAUUUACUCAAAAAUCCGACAUUCGAAUCCGAAAUCGAGCUAUGGAAAGAGAUUGUUUACAAUGUUAAGCUAAACAUAUCUCCUGGAUCAUCAUGCCAUUGUGUAGAACCUGGGUGGUUUAGAGUAUGCUUUGCUAAUAUGUCUGAUGAUACAUUAGACAUUGCCAUGCAACGUAUUAAGGAAUAUGUUGAUAUCAAAACCAACAAAAAUAGUCAUCAUGCAAGAAGAAAUUCACGAAGAAUCAGAUCACUCAGUAAGUGGGUUUUUAGGCUAUCGUUUGAUGGUGACAAAGAACCAGAAGAACGAUAGUUUCUGUCAAUUAUUAUCAUAUGAUUUGACCACCCACAAAAAUUAACCUGUGUGAAUCUGUUCAGUAAAAACAAAAAAAAAAAAAGUUUUUUUUUUUUACUUUUGUUAUUAUUUUUUUUUUUACCGUAAGGAUCGGAUUAAUUAGUGUGAACACUAAGCAUGUGUCCGUGUAAUUUUAAUUUUUCCCGCCGCUGCUGUUAUUAGUUGGUUGAUUGGCAGGGUAGAAAAUUGCUGUAUUUAGAAGGGUCGGCUUGUUUUUGAAGGAAUUGAUUGAUUAGAAAUUCAAUUCCUUUUUAGGAGGUGAGAGAAAGAAAAGAAAACAAAAUACUAUUGUAAUUUGUAGAGUCAUCAGCACUCGGUCCAUGUGGACACGAAGUGACUUUGAUAUUAAUUUCAAAUGUUUUAAUUAUUACUAUUUUUUAUUGGAGAUAAAUGGAAUUGUUAUACUCAUUUUCUUA